AUGACAUCCCACACAGUAUUAGCUGCAGGACUAGUGUGGCUAGGUGCGGCGGUCGUGGUGCCAUGGCUCGCCGCCGGGGAGAGUGAGAUUGGUGGUGCGGAGUGCCAAAGAUCAUGCGGCGGCGUAGACAUUCCUUUCCCGUUCGGAAUGGGAACUGAUCACUGCUGGCUGCUGGGAUUUGAAAUCUCGUGUAAGGACACCGGUAACGGCGUCCUUAAGCCGUUCUUGGUUACCAUGAACCAUCGUACUAAAGGAAAAGAUGCUGUAGUGGAGGUCCUCAACAUCUCUCUGGAGCAAGGUGAAGUGAAGGUGCUCCACUCUAUCUCUUCGUACUGCUACGACGCUGCAUCCGGGAUGAUGGUGUCCAGCGAGUGGAGCUGGAGCUUGGCCAAUUACAGUUUCUCCAGCACGGCCAACAAGUUCACGGUGGUUGGGUGCCGGGCGCUGGCGUACAUCGGCGACACCAGAGGGAACAACGUUGCUGCUAUGUACCAGACCGGGUGCGUGGCCAUGUGCUUCGACGGCAAGAUGUCCCUAAACCCUUGCUCCGGAAUGGGAUGCUGCCAGACGGCCAUCCCCAAGGGUCUGCAGUAUUACCAGGUGUGGUUCGACCAUCGGUUGAACAUGUCGGGGAUCGACGGCGGCGGCGGCCUCGGCCCCUGCAGCUUCGCGGUGCUCAUGGACUCGUCCAACUUCACGUCGUCGACCUCCAGCUCCAACAACAUCUCCUCGCCGGAGUUCAUCAACAAUAACUCACCGUCGGCAUUCAACAGCUCCCGUGGAGGAAAGGCGCCGGUGGUCCAACGGGCACGACGACUGCAAGAAAGCAGUCGGAAGCCCUGGAUACGCGUGCGGUAG